CUUAAAAUGAAAAGAAUGGUUCUAAUUGCUGGUUUCCUCAUGUUGUUCAUGGAAGUGGGUCGCUCAGCCCAGGGCGAGUAUGCCCGGAAGCUUCUUAAUGACCUGAUGUACAACUAUUCCAACGCCCUUCGGCCGGUGGAGGACACAGACAAGGCUCUGAACGUCACCUUGCAGAUCACCCUGUCCCAGAUCAAAGACAUGGACGAAAGAAACCAGGUGCUGAUAGCAUACCUGUGGAUCAGACAGACGUGGCAUGAUACCUAUCUGAAGUGGGACAAAGAAGCCUAUGACGGCCUGGAGGUCAUCCGUAUCCCCAGCAACCUGGUCUGGAGACCCGACAUCGUCCUCUAUAACAAAGCGGACGAUGACUUCUCGGGCCCGGUAGACACCAACGUGGUCUUGCGCUAUACGGGCGAGAUCACCUGGGACUCCCCGGCCAUCACCAAGAGCUCCUGCGUGGUGGACGUGUCCUACUUCCCCUUCGACAACCAGCAGUGCAACCUCACCUUCGGCUCCUGGACCUACAACGGCAACCAGGUGGACAUCACCAUGGGGAUGAACAGCGGCGACCUGUCGGACUUCGUGGAGAACGUGGAGUGGGAGUGCCACGGCAUGCCGGCCACCAAGAACGUCAUCAUGUACGGCUGCUGCUCAGACCCCUACCCAGACAUCACCUACACCGUGCUGCUCAAGAGACGCUCCUCCUUCUACAUCUUCAACCUGCUCAUCCCCUGCGUCAUGAUCUCCUUCCUGGCCCCGCUGGGCUUCUACCUGCCGGCUGACUCCGGGGAGAAGGUGUCCCUGGGCGUCACGGUGCUGCUGGCUCUCACUGUCUUCCAGCUCAUGGUGGCGGAGAGCAUGCCGCCCUCAGAGAGCGUGCCGCUCAUAGGGAAAUACUACAUAGCAACAAUGACCAUGAUCACGGCCUCCACCGCCCUGACUAUCUUCAUCAUGAACAUCCAUUUCUGCGGUGCGGAGGCCAAACCCGUCCCUCAAUGGGCCAAGGUGAUCAUCAUCGACUACAUGUCCAAGAUCUUCUUUGUGUACGAGGUGGGUGAGAACUGCACCACGCCGCAGACCGAGAAGAGCCCGCUGCACGCCGACGAACCCCACACCAACGGAGACGUGAAGAAGCACCGGCACCACCACGACGGCCACCGCUCCCGGCACCACGGCGAGAAGCAGCCCCGCGCGCUCUCCCAGGACUGCAGGAAGUACGACGGCUUCAUGGGCGACUUCAACGGCUGUCAGAAGGAUGAGGCCUGCUGCACCGAGAAUGUGCCGCCGUACGCGUGCACCUGCAGGCACCACGACGUGCUCAUAAGGAACGUUGAGUACAUCGCCAACUGCUUCCGAGAACAGAGGGCGACCUGCGCCAAGGGCGCCGAGUGGAAGAAGGUGGCCAAGGUCAUGGACCGCUUCUUCAUGUGGAUCUUCUUCAUCAUGGUCUUCCUCAUGAGCGUGCUGGUCAUUGGCAAAGCCCCCUGA